CCCCUCGCCUCUCAGCACUUCUCACCUACAUCUUUUUUAACUUUCAACAAUUAUUAAUACAUUUAUUAAAAAAGAAAAAAAAAAUGACUUCUGCUGUCUCAACUGCCACACACCGUGCUCAAGUUUUAGGCUUGUAUCGUAACUUGUUGCACUAUUCCUCUCGUUUUGCAGCAUACAACUUCCGUGAUUAUGCCAUCCGUCGAACUCGGGAUGGAUUCCAUGCAGCAAAGAAUGAAACUGACCCGGACAAGAUCCAGGCCUUGAUUCAUAAGGCUCAACAACAACUCGAGGUGGUCAAACGUCAGGCAUUCAUCUCUCAACUCUACAGUGGCGAAAAGCUCGUUUUGGAGACUCCCAACCAUCAAAAAAUCUUUAGGAAACACUAAAGUAUAUACAUAUUCAUAAAAACAUACCCUUUCAACCGACUAUCCUCAAGGCAAUACAAAGAAUGGAAGGAAGGAAGGAAAAAAAAAAAAAAAAAAAA